UCCGGGUCCGUCGAGUGCGACGUUGCAGGUUGCAAACUAGUGGUUUGCAUUUGCCGCGGUAGUUAGCGGGCACUCGAAAAGGAGCGCGCGGCAGCAGCGGUAUCGAUCUGAGCGUUUCGUGUGGUCGCUCGUGCACGACGUUCUCUCGGGAUAUUCGCCCAGCGCUCGCCGUCGUCGGCGCCGGCCUUGCUGCACUGUUUACGCGCUGUGUAUACCCGUUUCAUCCGCGCGAUCAUGUUCACCGAAGCUAAUUGAUAACGCGGUACACGCAUCUCGAAGCGCACCUGACAACCGAGCGGGGAUCCCUAACACUUAUUUGAUCGAUCACUAGCGCCCAAAUCCAAGGAGACCAAAAUGGGCUGCUUCGUCAGUAAGGACAAACUCACCAAAGAGGACAUGGAAUUCCUCAAAAAUAACACAUCUUACGACGAAACGACUAUCAAGGAAUGGUACAAAGGAUUCAAGCAAGACUGCCCCAACGGAAGACUAACGCCUGCGAAAUUCGUCGACAUGUACAAGAUGUUUUUCCCCUCUGGCAAUGCCGUCGAAUUCUGCGACCAUGUGUUUCGCACAUUCGACAUGGACAAGAACGGCUACAUAGACUUUAAGGAGUUCCUGCAGGCUAUCCACGUGACGUCCAGCGGUACUCCUGAGGAGAAGCUCAAGUGGGCCUUCCGCAUGUAUGACGUGGACGGGAACGGGGUGAUAGACAUCCAGGAGAUGACCAAAAUAGUGCAGGCGAUCUAUGACAUGCUGGGCGCGUGCUCGAGUAACCGGCCGGCGGACUCGGCGGAGGAGCGCGCCAAGAACAUCUUCGCCAAGAUGGACGAGAACAACGACGGACAGCUGACGCAGGACGAGUUCCUCAAGGGAUGCCUGCAGGACGAGGAGCUGUCCAAGAUGCUCGCGCCCUAAGCGCCGCCGCAACAUUCACAGCCCACGACCGGUCUCACUCCCACCCCUCACAGUACCUCACGAUAACCCGACGGCGUCGUCUUGUCCACACGACAGUACUUCAAGUCGAAACUCGCGAACCUUUCGAGACGAGUUCAAACUUGUUCUUUAUUCUCUCUAUUUUAAAACACAUUUUCACGCGCUCGACGAAUUCACAAUCGAUUCGAUUCAAGUGUCUCGUCUGGUUUUCGGUAACCGUACGCAUGGAAACGGUGUUUGUAAAUAUAUUUCAGGGAUUACGAGCUAAUUUUUAAUGGAGAUUUUAUAAAAAAAAAAAAUACUAUUGAGAAAAUGGUUUCUGACUACUUUAUCUGAUCGAGAUUUGGGGAUAUUUGAGAUUUUUAUAUUCUGCCAUGGAAAGGUUUUUAAAGUUUGUAUCGAAUAAGGUUAGGUACUUGUCUUUUGAAUAAGUGGCAUUUUAAAAAAUCAGUACCUUUAAAGUCGAUUAGGAGGUAAGGUUGUGUUGUGUUGCUGUCGUGUAGACAUGGCAUCUGUAGUGUUUGGCGUGUGGGCAGAUGCGGCGGUGUGGCGGGCGGCCCACGCCCCCUACACGCCGCUCGCUCGCCGCUACACUCCACACUCACCCACCAACAGCUUCAACAAGUCCCAACCUUUGGUUUGCCGUGCGACGUGCCCACCGCCGCGGCUACUUGUAUUGACGCGCACCACUUACAUCGGCUGCGCUUACUUAACCCAACUUCACCUAAAGGGUUUUGUCGAUUUGUACAAAAUAUUAAAUUGUAAUUUUAAGCUAAUAUUGAUGUAACAAACUAGCAUCAAUAAAUUCUGAAGUAAUGAUAAAAAUGUCCAUUCCUAUUAAUAAAUGUUUAAGUACGAUGAUUAUAUAUGUCAAAAAAAUUAAAUCUCUGUCGCUGUCGGAUUGUCCACUUCGUAAUUAAGUAAGUACUGUACCGAAUCCGUACCGUUCACUUUAGAAGUCGUAUGAUUUGUCCCUUGACGUUAUCGGCCUGUCUGUACCCAAACCUUGUCCUAUCCGGUUGACUACACUACUGCACAGUAUAAACUAAUGUCAAUCUUAAUAUUUUAACUAUUAAGGCAACAAUUAGCGUAGUGAUGCGUCAGCAGGAUCGAUCAGAUUGUUGCAGUCGACCACGCGCUUACACGUCACGGCCGCGUCACCCGACGCGACCACACUGGACUGCGCGACCACAGCGACGCACUCGCAAUCUGAUUUAUUCUGCCUACUUAAGUCGAAUUAUGUGACUCUAACUAAAGUGAAUAACUUACAUUUUAAUAUCGAUAUCGGUGUUGUUCAUUUCAUAAUAUUGAAAUUUCUUAUUGAUAGACAGGGAUCUUCACGUUUGAGGAGCUCAGUUCAAAACUGUCUCCUGUCGAGCUGCUCUUGCUGAUGUCGUUGUUCCCGGGCCAUUCUGAGCUUUCGUGUCUAUGUUAAUAGGCAAUUCUCAGUCGAUACUACGACAGCUAUGUUACGUUUAACUAUCGUUCUAUUUCACAUCGUUUCCCACUACUGUGCCUUCUAGUUCUCUGUGUAAAUAGUUUAUUGAUCAUCUUUAUUGUUUUACCGGUUUGUUUACGUCGUCUUCAGCAGUCACGAGGUGGUUCGAGCCUAAUUUCGUAGUAAACCACGGGUUAUGCCAAAAAGUUUUAAGCACCAAUUUAAUAUCAUUAUAAGGAUCAAGUAGUGUGCCCUAGUCCUGUAUCGUCGUUUAGGAUAUAAAUUUCUUAGCUUUUAGAGAAUCUUUCCGUAAAAGUUGCUGUUUCUUUAAUUUCUGGUAUACGUUUUGUAUGGCCGCAUAAACUACAUUUGUAAGGGGUCGCGGAGCUUUGCUUUGUCUAUUUGAAUUUAACGUAAGCAAUGUUUAGUUAGUAUUUGUUAUGGUUAUCAGUGCUUGUUAUACAGUGAUGUAACCGUUGCAGGGUAUACGCACAAUCAGAGAUCGAUAGCACAAAAUGUGUAAUCUUAUUAUGUACCUCAUAUUUUACAAAAUUUUGAAACGGCUAUUUAGUACUUAGUUUUUUGUGCACUGGAAACUACAGGUUACUGUAAUUCAAUUUUACAUUCCAUAUGAUUUGAAUUCAGUAUUUAAUACUUACUAAUCGUUGUAUCGUUGAGUACUUAGGUACUAAUUUAUAUUAUUUAUUAAAUGUUUAGUUGUGUUGUGAGACGGUUGCCUAUGUAGUUUUGCUUGCGUGAAUGAAAACGGAUAUUUGAUAGUAUAAUGGCGAGCCUGCACGUUUCCUGCUAGUGGCUGUCGUGUAUCGUCACAACCGAGGAACGUAGGUUGUGUGUGAUUGUCUUGUCCGUCAUUGCUGGUCUGAAAGGACGGAAAAUGAACGACUUAUAACAAAGUGGAAAAUAAUACACCGACAAGAGCGUGGCUUUUAAGUUAAAGAAGAAUAACUACAUGAUAAUUGUCCAAAGCUAAAAGACAAUAUUUAAACAUGCUACCAUCAUAUGGACGAAGAAAACUACUGCUGUAAAACUACAUAGGUGGCUCCUUAGAGUGGUUAUACGUUUCUGUGUUUGUAUAUUUCUCUAGUAUCGUUUGUGUUAGGCACUUGGCUGUUGUUUCGCGUUAUUAUUUUAUUGUCAUGCAAUCGAAAGCAACGCGUUUUUAUUUGCGAAUUUAUUAAAAUAAACUUAAAAUUAAAUCAUAAAAAGAAAACUUAAAAUGUCGAUGGUGUUGGAUUGAUAGAGAAGUGUCGGAGGUUUCUGAUUCAAACUGUACGAUGUAACGACUGAUUUUAUACGAGUAGGGAAGAGGGAUCAAUAAUACUCAACUAUACCUCAAGGUUGCUCUCGCAGACAGGGUGUUGUGGAACAUAUCACAAUUGGAAUUAAAACAUUACAUAAUUUUCACGGCGGGCGUCGGUAUACAAUUCACCAAAAAUCGUUAGAAAAUCGAUCACAUAACGCACGUUAGUCAUUUAGACGCUAAAACAAUUUUAACGAAUGCGAAUAAUACAUAUCUCAUAAAUUGAGAAAUAAAAUUUAAUAUUUUGGUCAAUUAUUUUGUUGUUUUACGGUUGUUUGCGUGGUACGCGACCCGGGCCUAGUGUAAUCGCUCGUCUCAACUCUCAGUAAGGACCUCUAGUGGUCGCAUAGUGUAGCUGAUUGCAUGUUUACAUUUGUCCAUUAUAAAUCUAUCUCGAGUCGUAGAGAUACUUGUCUCCUUGGAAGCUGUCUAUAAUGCACGUUUUCAGCACAUAAAUAAAGCAAUAUAAUAAUAUUACGAAUUCUUGGCUCUGUAGUAUCAAUAUGGAUGUUUAAGAUUUUGCCAUAAAUAAGCUUAACGAUCGUGUCAUAGAUGUGCCAUGUAUGUAAUAUCUUCUGCCUAUGUGAUACGCAGUUUCUUUUGUCGGAACAACGUGUUAUGAUAAUGUUGUAACAGGUAUUGUAAUAGAACAUGACAUGUAAUUUGUGAUAUAAUUGUGAAUGCGGCGGCCGCUCGAGAGAUCCAUUACCGCGCCGUGCAUAUAUGCAGCAUGCUGGCUGCACGCUGCACUAAUACAGGCGUCGCUCCGCGGUGCGGGCGGACGUCGAGGUGUCGUAGCAUGGUUAUUUUACAAUCUUGCAAUUGCUCUAACAUUCGUCACUUUCAAAAGAUUUCAAUAUUUCAUGACUAUGUCUGAUAUUACGCAUAUUACUUGUGAUUACAUUCGAAAUUAUCGGAAUAAAUGUUAAAUUAUAAGUUCCGUAAAAUGUAUGAUAAAAUCAUGUGGUAGUAUUUUUAAUUCAGUAAUUUUAAUAUCUGCAUUGAGCCUAAAAUAUUAUCAGAUAUGUGGAUGUAACGAACUAGCAAUUUUGUCUUUGAUAAAUCUGAAUGUGCUAAAUAUUGUUUGUUUGCUAAGAACGGUAAUAUAAUUAGUUUCCGAUGUUUAAUAUGAAUUUUAAUAUCUCUUGCAUUAUAUAAGAAUAGGCACGAGUCAAUCGACACUUAAUCCACUCUUUAUCCACUCUCGUACGAGUAAUAAUUUAUUGUAUUAUCAGUAGUAACAGCAAUAAACGCGCAAUGUCAUAGUAUGUUGAUGUAGUAGAUCCCUCGGAUUUACACCAUUGUUUGUUUUCACUAAAUUAUUUUGUCAUGUUUGUGUUAUAUUUAACAAAAAUGUUAUUGUUUAGUAAUUAAGCUUUCGGCUUUGUUGUGAAGGAAUUACGUUGGGGGGUCUCUGUCGAAUAUAAUGAUUACGUCUCGACUAAACUGUACUCAUUGCUGUAUACUUCAAGAAUCUCCAAGUCUGAGUAAAGUUUUUGUAAAAGUGCAUAUAUAUUAUAGGUAUUCAUUGUUUACAGAAAUCGCGGUAGUUCUCCAAGUCAUUCUUAGGAUAACAGAUAGGCACAUGUACUAGAUGGAGUAAUCACGAUGUCCCCGUAUCGUCUCUGUUGUAAUUCUAAGAAUACCAUAUUUUUAAUGGUUCACAUUUUGCCUAUUCAUGUAUAAUAUACAAAUUACAAAACAAAAUA